AUGGUUUCGAGGGAACAGAACAAUGGUUCUUUACAAGAGAAGUUUCAAUUGCUUCGUUCAGUCACUAAUUCUCGUGCUGAUAACGAAACAUUGAUCAUAAUGGAUGCAUCGAACUAUAUCCAAAAGCUUAAGAAAAAGGUCAAAAGAUUCAAGGACACUGCCGCAGAGCAAGCCUCAAGCGAGCCCACGGAUCCCACCACACCAAUGGUAAAAGUCCAAACCCUAGAAAAGGGUUUUAUGAUAAACGUUUUCUCAGGGAAGAAUCAGCCAGGCAUGCUUGUUUCGGUACUAGCAGCCUUUGAGGAUAUGGGGCUUGACGUUCUCGAAGCUAGGGUUUCAUGUACCGACUCCUUUAGCUUGCAUGCCAUGGGAGUAAAGAGCGAAGAUGAGGAAAGAAUGGAUGCUGAAGCAGUGAAACAGGUAGUGACAGAGGCAAUCACAAGCUGGGGUAAAACCAAUGUUCCACAUAGCUAGAUUGACCCACUUUUUCUUUGAUUCUCCUUUAUUUAUACAAAAAGAUAAUAACGCAACUUCUAUAGUAAUUCUGUUGUUUUUUUUUUUGUAACUGUAAUUCUGUUAUUUUAUGUUCAUCUUGUACCCAG